AAUGCUGCGCAGUUGGCAACACUGUCGUAUCGUAUGACAUAUGGGAGUGCGAACGAAAAAAGAGCCGAAGAAGAAGAAGAAGAAGAGUUCUAGACAGCGUUAUGUCAAAACUUUAGUUGAAAAUAGCGUGAACAGUAGUCUUUUUCGUAAUUUUCGCCCGCAGUCCGAAGCAGUGCGGUGUGUGUAUAACCAAGUGGCAGUCAGAGAAAAGUUUCGGUGUGUCGUGUCCUGCACAAUAACGAGAUAGCGAAAAAAAACACACAGCAAAUAACCGAAAAUGCAGAGCCAAGGAGAAAACCUAAUUUGUGAAGCCGCUGACGAUUUAAAUCAAAUUUUUUCCUAUGAAAAUGAUUUGAAAUCGCAAUUACAUCGCCCAUUCUACCAUCAAAAUGGUCUAACGAAGCAACUAUCAUCGCAAUUGAUUAAGGGCUCCCCACGAACUGACAAUUACAACGGCCACAAAAAUACUACACAUCAACUGAAUUCUGAUACGGCAAAUGGAAAAAUUAUUACAAACGGCAUAAGAGAUAAUAAUCGCAAGCAGUCGACGACGUCAGAGUCAAUGAGUUCUAAACAUGAAAAACCAAAGGAAUCCUUUGAGCCAAUCCCAAUGCUGGCGGCAUGUUUAACGUACAUAGGCUUUUAUUUUUUGAUGCUGUUGGGAUUUUUAAAUCAACUGCUGUUUGCGCCGAAAGUUGCUACGGAACGCAAUCGGGAGGGCUAUGCGCCGCUGUACGACAGUUUCGAACAAUUUUACUUGAGGUAUGUUUAUCGUCGAAUUCGUGAUUGCUUUAAUCGGCCGAUUUGCAGUGUGCCUGGAGACGAAGUAACAUUGAAGGAUCGCAUUACCAAGGACAAUUGUUGGACGUUCGAAUUCACCGGCACCGAAACUAAGUGCUUGAAUUUGGGUUCAUACAAUUAUCUUGGUUUUGCAUCUAAUUCGGGCCCGUGUGCCGACACAUCGAUUGAGUCGAUCCGUGAGUACGGUUUAGCAACGUGUUCAACACGCACCGAACUCGGCUCGAUACCACUACACACCCAAUUGGAGGCUUUAACGGCUCGUUACCUUGGAGUCGAAGAUGCAAUCACAUUCGGAAUGGGCUUUGGCACAAACUCGUUAAAUAUCCCAGCAUUGUUAUCGCCCGGCUGUUUGGUUGUGAGCGAUGAAAAGAAUCAUGCUUCCAUUAUUCUAGGAUUAAGAUUAUCGGGCGCUACAACCAGAGUAUUUCGUCACAACAAUAUGCACGACUUGGAGCGUGUGCUGAAGAAUGCUAUUGUGAAUGGGCAACCAAAGAGCCGAUUGCCAUGGAAAAAAAUAAUGAUUGUGGUUGAAGGUGUGUUCAGUAUGGAGGGUUCAAUUGUUAAAUUGCCCGAAGUGAUUGCAUUGAAAAAGAAAUACAAAGCGUACGUUUUUUUGGACGAGGCACACAGCAUUGGUGCAUUGGGCGAGAAUGGUGGCGGUGUGGUGGACUUUUACAAAGUCGAUCCGAAUGACGUGGACAUUUUAAUGGGAACGUUUACAAAGAGUUUUGGUUCGGCUGGAGGCUAUAUUGCUGGGUCAAAGAAACUAAUAAACUAUUUGCGAGUGCACAGUCAUGCUCAUUGCUAUGCAAGCAGCAUGUCGCCACCAGUGGCCCAACAAAUCAUUUCAUCGAUGAGCAUAAUCAUGGGUUUGGAUGGUACGGAUGAAGGUAAACGACGCAUCGAACGAUUGGCAAGGAACACAUUAUAUUUCCGUCGACGAUUAGCCCAAAUGGGAGUUAUUACACUUGGUCACGAUAAUUCGCCCGUUGUGCCAAUGAUGGUCUAUCUAUUCUCGAAAAUAGCUGCUGUUGUGCGUGAACUUUUGAAUCGAAAAAUUGCUGCGGUUGGCGUUGGAUUCCCGGCAACACCAAUCAUGGCUGGCCGAAUUCGCUUCUGUUUAUCGGCCGCACACACCAAAGAGCAACUCGAUCAUGCUUUGGAUAUUAUGGACGAUGUCGCCGGAAAACUUGGUCUCAAACACUCAAGCAAACCGAGCGAACAAGGCCAAAUUGAAUAUUAAAGCCAAUUUACUCUCUUUUAACCAAUUUACAAAGCACAUACAAAAUUCACAUGCACACAACAAGAACAACACAAACACACAUUUACACAAAAUUAUCAAAUUAUUCAGAGGUUUUAAAAGAAUCGUGAUUGAAAACGAUUUGGAGACAAAAAAAACUUAGAAGAAAUAAUAAAAAAUCAAACAGUUUCAGAUAAAUGUGUAUCAAUUGGUCAUAUUUACAUUUAGUGUGUAGAGAUUUGCCAAAAACAGUUGUUCAAUCAAAACACCAAUCAAAAAGAGACCGCUAAAACAAAUAUUAUGCAUUAAGUGUAGAGCCAAAGCACAGCCAACGAAGCAAACAUACGUAUUUACAGUAUUCAGAAUAAAAUGAAGUAAAAAAAAACAUAAAUAUUAUCGUGACUUAAGAUUGAUAUUAAAAAAAAGUGUGUCAUAACAACAGAAAAAAACACACACACAUUUUGUUUAAACAUUCUGUCCAGUUGGAACCAAUAACCUCUUAGAAUAAUAAUUAUUACAUAUUUUAACUAUAAAUUAUUAUAUGUAUGAACAUCAGCAGAAACAAACAAUAACCUCAAACAUUUGUUAAGCGUAUGCAUACAAAAUAUCUUCACGUGUUCUCUAUAUUUUAUUUCUCUCCUUUUAUGCUCGUAGUACGGUAGAAAUAUGAUAAUCACCUAAUUUAAAAUAAAGUCUAUGCUUAUAUGUUAUGCAAAAAAAAA